CCCGUCCUUCCUGCACCCCACCUCCAAUCCACUUCUCGUCGAGUGCCGAGUGUCUGUGUGUAGGUUUUCGCUAUGGAAUUCCAGGUGCAGUACCCCGUGAUCCAGCAGCAGUCCGAGCUGCAAAAGACCCACGCGGUGCAGAAGAUGCAGUGGUCUACCGGCAUAUGCGACUGCUGUAGCGACAUGAAUGUUUGUCUCUGCGGCACCUUCUGCAUGCUCUGCCUCCACUGCCUGAUGGCCAAGGACUUUGGCGAGUGCAUCUGUUUGCCCAUCCUGCCUGGCAGCUCCGUGGCGCUGAGAACCGCCAUACGUGAGCGCUACCACAUCCAGGGCUCCAUAUGCGAAGACUGCGCGGUGCACAUCUUCUGCUUCUGCUGCAUCUCGUGUCAGAUGGCGCGAGAGAUCAAACUCCACAUGAAGCAGCCCGGCCCCAUGCAGAUCGUGAGGACCGCCGUCAUCGAUGAGCAGAAGCAGCAGCAUCCACAGUAGUAGAUACAGCAGUAGCAGCAGCAGACACAGUAGUAGAUACAAGCAGUAGCUACAGCAGUAACCACAGUAGUAGAUACAGCAGUAGCUACAGCAGUCGCUACAGCAGUAACCACAUCAGUCGCUACAGCAGCCACAGCAGUCGCUACAGCAGUAACUACAGCAAUAGCCACAGCAGUAGCUACAUCAGCAUCCACAGUAGCCACAGCAGUAGCCCAUCAUUAUUUUGAGCCGUAAAAAGGGUCUGGGAACUCUGUUCCAGGAAUUGCUGUUGUUGUUGGCAUCCCAAGUUGAAUCUCGCCGUAUGUUGUCCUCUUUGAUUUUGCGUUGGGGCAUUGCUGCUCGUGGUGGUGGUGCGUGCGUGAAUGUUACGGAUAGACUUACAUUUGGCUUACCAAACAGACGUUUUGGAAUCUUAUCUUAACGGGAUUUAAAUAGCGCAUUAAUCAACGUGCUUUACGGAUAAUUAACGAUACAACAACAAUAACGCGUGUGUGAAUGUAAUGGUGGGAAAUGAGGUGAAUGAAAUAGAUGAGAGGAAGCAAUGGGGGCGAAUCUGUGGUGAUGAUGAUUCGUGAAUUCGGUGAAAGCAAAAUUUAUGACAGUAAAUGACGAUGGUGAAUGGAUUGAAUGAAUUGGGUUAAUGAGUGAUAGCCGUGUCGUCGGUUAAAUUGAGGCGCACACUGGACUUUGGAGGCAACAGGACCGCCCACCACGCUUCCUGGUCGACUAGCGGAGAGCUUCAUCCCAGAGUUUCAGUUUCAUGUAUUUGGUAUAGCCCUGUGAGCCAUUCGGCUCUUGAAUCGGGUGCAACCGCAACAAACAAAAACAUGAACAAGAAACAUCUUAAAGUGACUACGCGCAAACAAAAAAAUCCAAGAAAAAACAGCAAAGUCUUCCAGAAAAAGCACCAUAUAUCAAUGAUGUGAGCAAAUAUCCCAGUGGCAUGCAAGUCAAACAAUAACAACCAUAAGACAAUUUAUAUUUAAGGUAUUAGAGAUGACAAAGCAGCAUAGCAGAACAGCACAGAACAGCACAGAACAGCCCAGUUGUCUGUCCACACCCCGCUUAUAACCACUCCGGCGUGGCCAGCUCCGCCCCAGGCCACGCCCCCCUUCCCGAUCCUUCGUGAAGGCCCGAGUCCCAACCACGUGACCCCCCUGGGGCCCCUGGCCCCCCUUUAUCCAGUCACGUGUCCUGUUGGGUUUACGCAGAGUGUGUCACGGCCCGACACGACCCCGUGAUACCUGCCUACAGCCCCCAUAUCGAGGCAAUGCAGUAGUGUCGUUCUACUACACUACAUCCGUAUAAAGAGAAUAAUCAUUAUUAUUCUGACAGUAGAUGAUGUGUGAGCAUGGCGACUGUGAUUGAAUGAAUUGGGUGGGGGCGAGAAGAGAGAGAAAUGGCGAAGGCGUGGAUUGAGCACAAGGUGGGUCGUGCGGUCAGUGAGCACCUACGAAGGCCGCCACGUUGAGAUCUGUGCCGCCGCGAUGACGAGUGUGUGUGCGUGACGUCUGUGUGUGUUACGUCUGUGUGUGUUACGUCUGUGUGUGUUACGUCUGUGUGUGCGUGACAACUGUGCGCGUGACGAGUGUGUGUGCGUGACGACUGUGUGCGUGACGAGUGUGUGCGUGACGACUGUGUGCGUGACGUCUGUGUGCGUGACGAGUGUGUGCGUGACGACAGCGCGAUGACGAGUGUGUGCGUGACGUCUGUGUGCGUGACGAGUGCGUGUGCGUGACAACUGUGCGCGUGACGAGUGUGUGCGUGACGACUGUGUGCGUGACGUCUGUGUGUGCGUGCUUGGGGAGCGGUGGUGUCGUGGUCAGCGCUAUGCUGCGCUACGAACCCGGCGACCCGAUUUCGAUUCCCGCUCGCGGCCAACACCGUUGGCGAUUAUCUGAACCGGUCCUGGGCCUCCCCUAGGUCGACUCAGCCUCAAAUGAGUACCUGGUGUGGGGAAACAAAGGCGGCCGGGCGUGGUGUUGGCCAACCACGCCCUCGUGUGUCAUGCCGUACUCGUUAACAGCACUUGCCUCAACAGACUGUUGAGGGCUAUAGGGGGGGAUCUUUGCCUUUCAUUACUGUGUGAUGUUUGGAGUGCAUACGAUUUCAUAAAUAAAUAAAAAGAUUCUGAUCUGAUAAAUACA